GAAAAGAGAGGCGGAGGAAAGCAGCGCUCUUGCUGGGGAUCAGACGAGCCGCGUGGCUGGACCAAAGCGAGAGGAACGAAACACGUUGCCUGCUACACAGUACGAUAGAAAGCAACAAAUGGCGGCAACCCACACAAUGAAAGAGGAUAUAGAGAUGGGUGUCCGGUUUAUCCUCAGCAUUUUGAGUCACAAUGUUCGGCUCGGCAAGGAGCAGCUGGACCGCUUCGGAGACAGCCUCGUCAACAUUUUGUGCGAACGCUUCACCGGCCAUUGGUAUCCGGAGAAGCCCAUCAAAGGACAGGCGUACCGGUGUAUCAGAAUAAACCGGACAGACCGUGUGGAUAGUUCACUGAAGCGAGCUUGCCAGGAUGCAGGAAUAGAUUACUCGGAGCUGUCCUUGCCUCGAGACUUCACUCUCUGGAUCGACCCGGGCGAAGUCUCGUGUAGGCUCGGCGAGAAUAACUAUCCAUUCAAAGUGAGCGAGGAGUUCAGAAGGGGUCAAUCGUCUCCAGAAUUGGAGACAUCCGAUUACCACUCUGAGUCCCCCACUCCUUCAGAGGGGUCUUCGGAAGACGAAGGGCGGACCAAGAGCCUGGAGAAGAUCCAGGCGUCGCAUAGAAGCCGACCCGGGAGGACCAAUAGUGCACAGGCUCCGCAAUACUAUUAUGUUCCCUCUCCGCUCUGGGUACCGUGGCAGCACAACGCCGUUACCUACCUCCCAGCUUACCAGCCCCUUCCCCUCUAUUAUGUGAAUCUCCCGUCAAAGCCGCCAGCCGCCAGGAAGCCCAACCCGGAACUGCUCAAGCGUCUCACAAAACGGGCCUCCAAAUCUUGAGAACAAAGGAUGGCGGGCAAAUAUUUUCUGUCCCUUAGGCCUUGCCCCAGACCUUAAGUGGGACAGGUUUUGUCUUUCCGUACCAUGGGGCUCUUGCCACAGCGUGGGGAAGUUACUUUUUUUUGGACUGAAACUCCCAGAAUACUUGCAUUAGUUGGAGAAGGUCAAGGAAUCCUUUGCAGUCCAAAACAGAGUAACUUCCCCAAUCUCUGGCAAUUUCAUCAUCAAUAUUCUAGGGUGUAUAGUUGGAUUUUUGGAAACUCUAUGGUGGUGGGAAAUUCCUGAGGGCUAGUGCCUUAAUCUUUCUUUGGUGAGGGAAUGUUGGGGUCUGUUUCUAUGGUGCUGAAAAGACGGUAGCAUUCCAUCUGUACUGUAUAUUAUUGAGCACUUCCGCUGUGCACUUAAAACCAGAGGCCUGGGUUGCCUUGUGUGGGACCGAGGAAGGGAAGCAAGGAGAGGACACUUUGGUGCUUUUUCCACCUCCCAACAGGGCAGUCAUGUCUAUUGGUUAGAGCCGGAGAGAUGGUUGCAGAGGGAGGAAGUUAGAAGGAAAAGAAAUGCAAUUUAGUGGAGGGCGAACCCAGAGCCUGUUUUCCCGGUCUCCCAGUUUUCCGUAGCUACUUAUCGGUUGCUGGAAAACUGGGGUAAUAUUGAAAGCUCUGUGUAUGUUGCACUUAGAAAAAUGAAGGAAAUUUAAAAUGCUGCUGCCAAAGGUGGGUGGUGGGUGGGAGGUGUUUGUGACCUCUGGAUAAUGAAUUGCACUUUUGCAUCUCAUGCACAAGAUGUAACAGAUAAGCAUCCUAUUUUCUCUCUUCUUCCCCCACCCCCACGCCUGUAUCUUCUGCUUUUUUGCUUAACAAGGCCUGAGCAUUGCACUCUGCUCAUUGUGGAGCAGCCUCAAAAGCACUAGAGCCACUGC